AUGAAGCACCAAGAAACUGGUGCGGCAGCAGAGCCACCUCAGGAUCAACCUCCACCAUAUGAGGCGGUGCCGCCAGACUUGGAGGGUAUUCGCGUCAACAAUGAUGGUCGCAUUUCGAUCGACGCGAGCUCUCGACUCUGCCGGACUCUGUCCAGACUAAUUCCGACGUCUCCUAUCCAAAGCACGCCCCCAUCAGGACCACCACCAAGUUAUGAAGACCUGGUUGUCACACCACCUAGGUUCAAUCUCAAUAUCGUCAUUCAAAUCGUGGGAAGCCGAGGGGAUGUUCAGCCUUUUCUUGCAUUGGGCACGGAGCUACAACGAACCGGCCAUCGUGUCCGGAUUGCCACGCAUAACGUUUUCGAGAAAUUCGUGGGAGAAGCUGGGCUAGAAUUCUAUCCCAUAGGCGGAGAUCCGGCCGAUCUGAUGGCGUACAUGGUCAAGAAUCCCGGUCUCAUUCCCGGUAUGAAGAGCCUGCGAAAGGGCGAUAUCCAAAAGGAUCUUCUGAUGAUGGCGGAAAUUCUUCAUGGAUGCUGGCAUUCAUGUCUGAUGCCUGAUCCUGUUACAAAUACGCCAUUAGUCGCCAACGCAAUCAUCGCCAAUCCUCCCAGCUUCGCGCAUGUUCACUGCGCCCAGGCUCUCGGGAUCCCGAUUCACUUAAUAUUCACAAUGCCAUGGACCGCAACCCGAGCCUUUCCGCAUCCUUUGGCAAAUUUGUAUAAUAUCCAUCCUGAUCAGGACUGGAUCAACCGUGUCUCUUAUUCAGUGGUGGAUUGGUUAUCUUGGCAAGGUCUAGGGGGUGUUAUCAACGAUUGGCGCAAGCAUGAAUUGGGACUAGAGCCUAUAUCGCUAUCUGAUGGUCCCUUUCUCCUGAAGACCCUUCAAAUCCCUUACACAUAUUGCUGGUCCCCUGGUCUUGUUCCUAAGCCACAUGACUGGCCUGCGAAUGCAGAUUAUCAGCCCAACUGCGAGGUUGUUGCAUUCCUUAACUCCGGACCUCCCCCGAUUUACAUUGGAUUUGGUAGCAUCGUCAUUGAAAAUCCAGGAAGGAUGGCGGAGAUCCUUCUACAAGCGACCCAGGAGACUGGUGUUCGAGCUAUCAUCUCUCGUGGAUGGAGUAACCUGAAUGGGCCAGACCUGCCUCAUAUACUUUAUUUGGACGAUUGCCCACAUGAAUGGCUGUUUCAACAUGUCUGUGCGGUUGUACACCAUGGCGGUGCCGGAACAACAGCCUGCGUGCUGCGAAAUGGCAAGCCGACCAUCAUUGUACCCUUUUUCGGCGAUCAACCUUUCUGGGGAGAUAUGACUUCUGCAGCUCAUGCAGGCCCAGAUCCCAUACCACAUAAGCAACUAAAUAUACCAAACCUUGUCCAUGCAAUUCGUUAUUGCCUGACGCCUGAAGCAACCCGCGCUGCACAGGAUGUCGCAAAUAAAAUGCAGCAAGACCAAGGAGUGAAGGCCGCCGUGGCCUCCUUUCACAGACACCUCCCACACGUUACCGAAUGCGUUUCUUCAGCUGGCUUGGGGAUGGCAUUCGAAAUGCUCAAAGCGGGAGGCAAUAUUAUCUACAAGCCCUACGAAGUUUACAAGGGAGGUAGCAGAGACUCUCUAUCUUCGAUACACUCACCGAAAAACUCGCCGCAGCUGCUUUCGCCUGUAUCGUCAAAUGCCGGAGAAAGUUCUUCGUCGCUUCGGAAAGCUCGAUCUAUGAACUAUUUGACAGAGGCCAAUAAGUUAGAGCCAAAGGAGAAAGGCAAAGCUCGCGCGAUGGCUUCAGCCUUGACUCAGGCCUCGGGAAAAUUUCUGGGAAAGUUCGUAUCCGGUACCAUGGUCGACGUACCAUUGGCUGCUGCCGAGGGAUUUCGUGUCCUUCCGGGUCUAUAUGGAGGCAAUAUUCAUAACAGUGAUAGGGUCACGGACUGGAAGUCUGGCAUGUUAGCUGGUCCCAGAACCUUCGCUGUUGGUAUGGCUGAAAGCUGUGUUGAUCCGUUCUAUCAACCAUACAAGGGUGCCAGAGACGCAGGCGCUCUAGGCUUUGCUAGUGGGUUAUUCAAGGGAACCUUUGGCGUGAUUGCUAAGAUGGGUCACGGCUCCGUUGUCGCUGAUGCCUUGUAUUCCGCAGCCUCCAUCGGCCUUGUCGCAUACCCUGGGCAAGGUAUCAAGCGAAGCGUUAAAGCUGCCUUCUUUGAGAGUACCCAAAGGGGGAUAGCGACUUCUCUACGCGAGGAUGGCCAAGACAUGGCUCGGCAAUGGAGGGUGAGAGGUUCACAGGACGGGGUUGUUGUUUGA